CCCCCCCCCCUUUCAGCUAGCGUAAACAGAUUAGUACCCCAAUUAGCAUCCAGCUGCCUCAGUGCCGCUGAGCCAGGCAGCUGAGUGUGUCAGGGCUUCAGGCUGGACUCGAACCUGCGACUCUGCCUUUUUAUAGAGUACAGUGUGUGUGUGUGUGUGGGGGGGGGGGGGGUUCUCACUUCCUGUUUCUGCUGCUUCACCUCCACCUGCAGCUUCAUCACACACAGGUUCCCAACCUGAGGGUCUGGACCCCAACAAAGGGCCGCAGGGUGAAGCUGAGGGUCCUGAGGUCACAAACAAGAGCAAGAAAAAAAAAACAUGUUGCUGCACAAAUUAAUGUUUUUAUUAUUAUUAUUUUUUUUCCUUUAAUCUUCGUCCUCUCUUCUAGUUUCACAUCUUCAGACCGGCAGAUAAAGAAUACUUGUGUUGCAGUCAGGGCCCGACGAAACUUCUCCAGUCAAACGAGUACUGCAUUCAAUCCUUUAUCUAACCAGAUCGGGGAAAAUGACUGUUUGGUUUCACUCGCAGCCGAACGCCGCCUCUUCCUUUCUUGCAACGCCGUCGGCUGCGGUCUCACACGUGUUCGUCACUGUUGGAGGAGGGUGAGGAGGGACCUGUCGAGCCUCAGCCCCCCGCGAGAGAGAGAGACAGGUCCCACAGUAAAACCAAGAAGGCCCGCCGGGAGCGCCGCCAUGCUGACCGGGGGGGCGGAGACCACAGCUACGGCCACGCCUCCAGCAGCCAUGCUGCAGCCACAGGCGGGGGCGGAGCCACAGACACAGGAGUCGGAGCCGGUGGCGGGCCCCUCAGAGGAGCCGGGAUCAGAGUCGGCUGCCGGCAGUGAGUCUCCCAGGCAGCGCCGCUCCAUCAUCCGGGAUCGCGGGCCGCUGUAUGAUGACCCGUCACUGCCCGAAGGCUGGACCCGCAAACUCAAACAGAGGAAGUCCGGACGCUCAGCGGGGAAGUUUGAUGUCUACCUGAUCAACUCGGAGGGAAAGGCGUUCCGAUCGAAGGUGGAACUUAUCGCCUACUUCCAGAAGGUCGGCGACACGACCACCGACCCCAACGAUUUUGAUUUCACUGUCACGGGACGUGGAAGCCCCUCCCGCCGUGAGAGGCGUCCCCCCAAGAAACCGAAGGUGGUGAAACCAUCAGGGCGAGGCCGUGGGCGGCCCAAAGGCAGCGGGAAGAUGCGGCAGGCUACAGAGGGCGUCGCAAUGAAGCGUGUGGUUGAGAAAACUCCGGGAAAACUUCUGGUCAAAAUGCCUUUCGGCAAGGCAGAGUCCUCCACUGGCACCACCUCCACUGCCUCAAAGGUGGUGUCUCCUGUCCUGGUGCCCAAGUCCCGUCCCGGCAGAAAGAGGAAAUCCGAACAGGAACUUCCAGCCCCACCACAGACCGCCCCCAAGAAACGGGGCAGGAAACCAGCCUCGGCCUCAGCGGCAGCAUCGGUUGCCACAGCGUCCACAUCCUCGGCAUCAGCCUCUGGUAGCUCGGCAGCUGGGAGCUACGCCGCAGCUGCCAUUUUAGCUGCCGAGGCCAAAAGGAGAGCAGCCAAGGAGUCUUCCACCAAACCCGUCGUCCAGCAAACAGCCCUGCCAAUCAAAAAACGCAAAACGAGAGAGACAGUGGAAGAGAGGGAGAGUGUUCAGACUCCAGUGGCCACAACAACCGAGACUGAAAGAAGGGUCCCUGUAGAGGGGGAGGGAGGUAAAGGUGAGGGAGCUACAACCUCAGAUCCUCGGCCCGCCCCCUCUGAGCAGACCCAGUCACAAUCACAGAAGCAGCCCACUGCUUCAGACGAAAGCCAGUCGUAUGGACACAAGACGCAUAAAGGGCGGAAGCACAAGGAGAAAACGGGAAUAGCGUCAGGAGAUGGAGGAAGCAGAGGAGAGGAAGUAGGUGAAGAUGUAGGCGAUAAGGGAGGAGAGGGAGAAGGAGGAGGAAGGAGUAGCAGCAGCAGCAGUAGCAUUAGCUCAAAAGGCCACAAAAGGAAGGACCGGCCUCCCCACAAACACCACCAUCACCAUCACCACCACCACCACCACCACCACCGCCACCAACAUUCCUCUGCCUCCCCUGAUCAGCCGCCUCCUCCUCCUCCAGCUUCUGGACACCCACCACCCUCCAGCCAGUCCAGGCCUGAAGUCGAGUCCCAGACUGUGCCUCAGCUCACCACCCAACACUCCCAGCAAGCUCCUCCCAGACCACAGUCCAAGUCUACGACCCAAUCCAUGCCCGAACCUCGGCAUCCUCCUCCUCAACCGCGCCACCAGCCCCAGCCCCGUUCCCAGCAGCACCCCCAGAGCCAGAGUCCCAGCCAGCCCCAAGCCCAGCCUCGAUACCCAGCAUCCCAGCCCUCUCCCACUAGGCACGUCCUGCCCCAGCAACGGCCCCAACAACCUCCCCAAACCCACAGUCAGCCCCAGGCCUCCCCCCAGAAAGCCCAGCCACAGCCUGUCCACUCCUCAAGCCAACACCGAACCCAGCUUCAGGCUCAGCAUGCUCCACCUCAGUCACACCCUCCUCAGUCCCCAUCCAUCCUGCAUGUUCAUCCAUCACAAACAAGGCAUCCGCAUCCACAAACCCAGUCCCCUACAGCACUCCAGCCUCAAACCCAGCCCAGGCACCCGUCUCAACCCCAAACCCAGCUCAAACAGCAAUCUCAACCCCUGACCCGGCAGUCACUGCAGCCUCAACUCCAACCCCAGGCCAGGACUCCGGCUCAACUUCAGACUCAAUCCCAGUCCAGAAUCCCAGCCCAACCUCAGCCUCAACUGCAGCCCAGAACCCCUGCGCAAAUGCACCCUCAAACUCAGCCAAGAACCCCAGCCCAAACUCAGCCUCAACCACAGUCCAGGACCCCAGCCCAAACUCAGCCUCAACCUCAGUCCAGGACCCCAGCCCAAACUCAGCCUCAACCACAGUCCAGGACCCCAGUCCAGCCUCAACCUCACCUGCAACCCAGGCAUCAAGUGCAGACGAGGCACCCAUCACAACACCAACUCCAGACUCAGUACAGACCACAACCCAGACAAUCUCCCUCCCAGGCUCGGCCACCCCAGUCCCCGUCCCAAGCACAACCACACUUUCAGCGGAUUCAAACACAGCCGCGACCCCAGCCCCACUCUCAGCUCACCAGGCCCCACGUACAGCACCUGUCAUCCCACCGACCAUCUCCCAGCCUAUCCAGGACCAACACAGUCCCCGCUCAGCAGAACCAGAGCGAACAGCCACAAGAUCUGAGCACCACGCGGCCCGGCCGAGGGAGCCUGCUGCCGAGCCGAGAGGUCAAUGUGCAAGGCGUCAGGGCGGAGGGGAGAGGGGAGCCGGUCAUGGCGUCAGAAAGCAGAGAGGUUUCAGGAGGAGAAAGAGGAUCGAACAGCACCUCGAGGCCUCCCAGCUCCGUGCCUGCUGGACCUCCGGGAGUAGCCGGGGCCGGGGUCGGUGUUGUCCCUGGGGCAGAUGGUAGGGCUAGGCUCCGGGCGGAGCCGGAGGCGGCGGGUGAGGGCAGGGAGCUCAGAGACAUCGUCCCCCAGUCGGCCGUGCCCUGCCCCAGCCGAGAAGAAACUGUAGAGUCACGGACUGUCGUCAGCGAAAGAGUCAGCUGAUCGGUCGGGCUGAUGAACAGGCUGAAUGCUCGGUAGACUGACGGAGAGCACCUGAGUCAGCACCAGGUGGAGGAGGCUGUUCGUGGAGGUUUAGACGAUUUUACACUGUUUUCAGAUAGGAUAGCGUCACACAGAGCUGGCAGGACUGUCGCAGCUUGUACUCCGUCUGAUUCUGUCUGGAGACUCUGUAAAGUUCUGGAUCCGAGAACCAACCCGGGGCACUGAGGGGGACGGCUGGAGAGGAGAACGGAUAGCGUCGUUUUCUAGGAAAAACAAAGAAAAAGGAAAAAUCGAUAAAACAAGUGUGUGUGUAUAUAUAAUCAAAAGGCAGCUGUUGUGACCCGCUAGUCUCCGUGGGGAGGGGGGAGUAGUUUGGAACUAAAAACCAACGCUUAACAACACAUUACUCUGAACGAAACGUUGCUUCCGGAAUAUAACCUCUUUUUUUUUUUUAUUUCGUAUUUUGAUAGUUUAUUGUUUUGUCUCUGUUAUACAGCUUUAAACUCUGA